UCGAAACGUUACCCCCAAAUUCAGAAUCCUUUCUCCCUCUCUCGUUCUAGGGUUUUAUAUGUUCAAUGUGUUCCCUUUUGUAUGCUGACAAUCUGACACACAAUUGCUUCACAGAUUUUCUUUCUAGGGUUUGCAGAAAACCCUAGAUCGCUGCGUUUUCCGGUUCGGAUGGGUGCAUUAACGAGUAAUCGCAAUAAGCGUGCCGCAGAAUUUCAACCCUCACCACCAUCUGGAUCCGGUUAUAAUCUUCUUUACGUUGCGAAGAAACUCAAACCAUCACCAUCAUCUUCGUCUUGUAAAGCUCCAACUCCAACGAAGACUUCAAGAAGUUCGGUUUCAAGGCUCAGUCUUUAUCCUCAGCAGGUAACACCGAUUGCCAGAGAAAUUCAUGCUCCUUGUAGAGUUGUUAGUGGAUUUAAUGGUAACUUGAAACGGGGUAAUAAUAGUCCUAGUAUAAUUAAUAGACAGAACUCCGAUUUUCCUGGUGACGGUAUGGAUAAAGAUCUGUUUUCAAAAUACACUCUCGCAAAGGAAUCUGCAAUUGGUAGCUGCAGGCAUGUUGUGUUUGAAGAAGAGAUGGAUGUAGUUGAGGUGAUUGAUGUUGAUAACCAGGGGACCGUUAAGGAUGACAAGGCUGCUUCAGGGAGUUCAAGUAUUGAGGAGGUUGAAAUGGUGGAAGAUGAGAAAGAGGAUAUCCAUAGGUCAGGGGAGGCACAAGAAAUAGCAGCCAAGUAUAGGGAAUUGGAUCAGAAGGCGCCCUCUACUUCUUCCGAGGUGGUAUCUGAGUUGACAAAUGGAAAGAUGUUGGAAUUGUUGUCGCUGAACAGGGAGUCUAAGGUUUUUGAUGUAGACAGGGGUUUGCCUGUGCAUAAGAAGUUGCAUCAGGAAUCUGCUGAAAAACGUGACCCUCGGCUGAGGAGAUUAAGUUUUAGUAUCGAGCUAUAUGAAACAAAGCGAGCUUUGUUGAUGCAAUCUCAUCCUGCUAAGAAAAAGGAGGAUGUAACAGAAGCUCCUUUCAUGCCUCUUACGGAGGACGAAGAGGAAAUGGUUGAUAAUGCACUGUCUAAUUCUUAUCGGAGGAAGAUCUUGGUCACACACGAAAAAUCAAAUAUUACAAUCACAGGGGAAGUUCUGCAGUGUUUGAGACCUCGGGCAUGGUUAAACGAUGAGGUCAUCAACGUUUAUCUUGAGUUACUGAAAGAGAGGGAAAAUAGGGAGCCAAAAAAGUUUUUGAAAUGUCAUUUCUUCAACACAUUUUUCUACAAGAAGUUGGCAAGUGGAAGGACUGGCUAUGAUUAUAAGUCAGUUAGAAGAUGGACUACCCAGAAAAAGUUGGGAUACGGUCUUCUUGAGUGUGACAAGAUAUUUGUCCCCAUCCACAAAGAAAUACACUGGUGUUUGGCUGUUAUCAACAAAAAAGAGGGAAAGUUCCAGUAUCUCGACUCACUUAGAGGAGCUGACAAAAAAGUAUUGAGAGUGUUGGCCAAGUACGUCACGGAUGAAGUGAAAGAUAAGACUGGGAAAGACAUUGAUGUUACUUCUUGGGAUCAAGAAUUUGUCACCGACCUUCCUAAUCAAGAGAAUGGGUUUGACUGUGGCAUGUUCAUGAUCAAAUAUGCAGACUUCUAUAGCAGAGACAUAGGUCUCUGUUUCAAUCAGGAGCAUAUGCCAUAUUUUAGAUUGAGGACUGCCAAGGAGAUAUUGAGAUUGAAAGCGGACUGAAAUCCAUGAUGUAUUCCAAGUAUGGUCUCUAACCGACAAUUAUUGGAUUGGAUAAGUUUCUACCCAUAUUCCUGAAACAUGUUGAUCCAUAUUUUGGACGGACGGGUCAUUUCCCAUAUCAACCAAGUGUUUCACAAUCAGGUCAGAAAUUGCUGCUCUUUUUGUAGUUAGAGCUUUUGAGUUUUAUACUGGGAAUGCCAGUCAUUAGAAUAGGAAGCCGAACUUCUCCAUGAAGGGCUUGUUUGUCUUUUAUUUUUAGUUGUUUUUUAGUUCUUAGUAUAUAAUAUAUAUUUCUGGUUUUAUUCAUAUAAAGAUUAUAGAUCUCCACAUUCCACAAUUGUAAUCAGGAGAUAUCUUUGUGCCUGUGUAAGAUAUGAGACCUCUUGUGGUCUCUUUAUGCG